UUCCUGUAUACCAGUGGUUAUUAAAAAGUAAUGCAUAAAAUGCAAAUACUGUAAGAGGGGAAAUGUAAAUCGAUUGUUAGUUUUCUUCUCUAACAAAAUGUUAGUCUCGCUGACCCCCUCAGCAAAUCACUGACUUUUUAUAUUGUUGGCUAAUCAACGCACCCUCUCCUCUGCCUCUUCGGUCACAUACACAAAAUGGAAUUAAAGAUAUUUGUUGUGCGUUGCUUAUCUGCAUUUAUCGAAGGACAGAUAUGAGCCCUUUGGGACGAUAGGAGACAAAUUCUUAUGGGACGCGUCUCGCAAAGUUUCCAUUUCAUAAGAUUUUCUAUGGUUUUCCAACCACGUUUUUACAAGCGUAGUUACUUCAGAGUCUUGAUUUCGUUAGCAUGAAUGGAAGCGGUGGUCGCACAGAAGAUAUAAGAGGCGUCUUCUCGCGAUAUCUCGAAGAGUUGGAUCCCGAUGGAUUUCUCUUCUCAAACUUGUAUGAAUGUUUGUCCUCUGACGAGAAAGUCAUGGCGGACGGGUUCAUGGAGGGGACUGGGCAGUUAAAUUUUGGAUUUUCAGCAGACUUCACUGCAAAUCUGUCUUUGAAUCCAGGACUGCAAUGCAAUGGAAUCUUGGGCCUUCCUCUGGAAGGGCAAGGCACAUCAGUUGGACAUCCAAUUGACAUUCCCAAUUUUGGAGGACAGCACCGAAGCAAGAACUUUCCCAUGACCCCACCAGAUUCGGAUGGACCAGACUCCCCAGAUGCAAACCAAGUUCUUUUGCCUAAUACACCUGGAAAUCAUCACAUCAUGCUAUCAUCAAUUUCCCACUCUGGAGGAAGGCAGGUACAGCAAGGAUGUCCCUUAAGUAGCUCAGAAGAAUUCUCCUUACAGUCCAUCAGCAAUGUCCCUGAACCAAAAAGGAAGAGGAAAAGAGAUUCAGAGAGUAGUGAAACAUUAACAGCAAACAGAAUAUCAUCACUCAGGCUUAAUUCUUUGAAAUCAGAGCCAGAUGAUUACUGUUUGGAUGGGAGUGGUUCAGAGGGCCUUGACUCUCCUGAUCCCUUCACCACCACUGCCACUCCUGAGCUCGAAAACUACCAAUGCUUAAAGUGGUCGCCGUACAAAACCGAUGAAUGCUGCAGCAUAUUUGACGACUCUUCCCAAAUGAUUCCUCCACCUCAGUUUAGAGUAGAUGCUGACAAAGGUUUCAAUUACUCUUUUGUGGAUGAAGCAUUUGUUUGUCAAAAGAAAAAUCAUCUCCAGAUAACAGCUUUCAUGAACCUUCAAUCUGCCCAAACACCCAAAUAUGUCCAGGGAGAGCAAACAGAGUUAAGACGUAUUGACAAGUUUCGGCUACACAUCUAUGGAAUUAAGAUGGAAUCCAAAGCCAGUCAAAUUGGUGUUGAACAAUCUCAAGCUGACAGAAGCAAGAGACACUACGAACCACUGCAAUUUGAAAUUUCACCGAAAGAGCAAACAAAGAUUACAGUUGGAAGACUGCAUUUCAGUGAAACAACAGCAAACAAUAUGAGGAAGAAAGGAAAGCCAAAUCCUGAUCAGAGAUACUUCCUGCUUGUUGUUGCUGUGUAUGCUCAUGCCAAAAACAAGGAAUUUUUAGUGUGUGCAAAUGUGUCGGAAAGAAUCAUUGUUAGGGCUUCAAAUCCUGGCCAGUUUGAGAAUGACAUGGAAGUUGUUUGGUCAAGAGGGCAAACCACAGACUCAGUUUACCGAAUGGGUCGUGUUGGUAUCAACACUGACCGACCAGAGGAAGCAUUAUCAAUUCAUGGGAAUCUGAAGGUCACGGGUCGCCUUGUGCAUCCAUCGGACAUUAGAGUCAAGGAGAGCAUAGAGGAGGUGGAUACUAGGGAGCAACUUAGAACUAUCUCCAGAAUCAACCUUUACAAAUACCGCUUCAGUCGCGAGUAUUUAGAGCACGCUGGUUUAAGAGCAAGUGACUCUGACGGGGAGGACACGGGGGUCCUGGCACAGGAAGUAAAGGAAGUCUUACCUGAGGCUGUGAAGGAAUCAGAAGAUGUAAUUUUACCCGACGGAAAAACGAUAGAGAGAUUUUUGGUUGUUAAUAAAGAAAGAAUCUUCAUGGAAAACGUUGGUGCUGUCAAAGAGUUGUGUAAACUGACGGACAAUCUAGAGGUCAGAAUAGACGAGCUGGAAACAAUGAAUCAAAAACUACAACGAAAACGCUGUGAUACUGUUAGCACGUUUAGUAGUUUGAGCUUGUCGAGGUGUAGUUCCUUCAGGGCGUCAAUUAGCAGUAAGAAGCCAACUCCAGAACGUAAAAAGAGAUGCCAUCAUCACCACCACUGUCACCAUCAUCACCACUGCGCAUGUAGACCUCACGGAGUUGUUCAUGAUGAGCCAGUAUGGUGCUCGCCCAGGUUCAUGCAGUUGACUAUUGUCUCUCUUAUAGUCUCCGUGGUUCUCAGCCUUGUUGGGAUAGCUGUUAUUUUAUCUCUUAAAAAUAAUAAUCCAUCAAAUCAUGAAAAAGGUUCGAUCGGUAGUGUUGGGAUCAACAGCUCAGAAUCACCCAGUUGGUCGCCAACUGAGAUAUCAUCUAUUCCAAAGUCUACCUCGAUGAUUACAUCGCCUCCGCUUGUAAAUAAGACAGUUUCCUCGACACCACCAUAUGUAACAAGCUCAGUAACACAUGAAAGGAAACACAGCACAGAAAAGAAACCUUCCCACACCUUCGUUGCACAUGGCACCUCUUCAGUACCGAGGAAAACUUCAGUGUCACGAGCAAGGACAUCGCCCGAGACCUCUCCGAUAACUACCCACGUGAUCAAGCCUAUCCAAGAACUGAAAUCGUCUGCGAGCGAGGGUAGAACAAUCCCACCAAGAUCGAGGCAUUGUUGUAAACAGACCAACACUAAUCAACAGGAAAGACUGCUCAGAGGCAAAGAGGUGUAUUACGAUAGCCCCACCCCACCUAGGGGCUCACUUAUUGGUCAAUUACGCGAUCCAGUAAUUCGAAUUUUAGAGCAAAAUUACCCCAUCAAGAACGAGAACAGUUCUCAGAAUUCUUCACUUUACAUUCCAGUCAGCCCCAACUUACCGCUUAAACCCAUAACUCUCGAGAUCAACUCCACUGGAAGUUCAUUGGUGUUGUUGUGUAACACGAAAUGCAAUCCACAAGAUGGCUGCCAAGACAGCACGAAUCCGCCAAAACUUGAUACUGAAAAGGAUCAGGACAAAUGGACAAUGAGUCACAGAUGGCAGCUUCCUGUUGCUUAUUAUUUCCAGAGUACGUAUCAUUUUCGUCUGGUAUUGUUGCGUAAAGCUAAUGUUACCUGUACCACAGUUCUCCCGCCGAAUGUUUCACGAUUUCAGGACUACCAUUUCCAUUUCAUACGCAAGUGCAGUAAUUGAUGUAACCAACAGUUACGUUGCCUAAACCAUUUUUCGUUGAAUAUGUACGUGUUAUUUUAUUAUUUUAACGUUCGGGUAUUAAGUGUAUUUGUGAGUAGGGGUCGCUUUGUGUGGUAAAAUAUUAUUGCAUAAACUAUUUUUUUGCUUAUUUAAAUAUUACUUUAUCAUUUUGUCGCGCGUUUAAUAGCUUUUUCUGUCAGUUGGCGUCGUUUGGUGUGAUACAGCUUUCUUACCGGUGUAUUAUUUCUCUCCAACUUCAAUUCCUUUAUUAUAAAUCUACGCGUCUUAGGAUCAGUUCUGGAAACGAAAUCUAACGUAGAGCACGGUUUAAGAGAAUCGAUGAACUUAGGAAUUUCUCUAUAAAAGUGGAUUUUUUCAGUAAAAGAAUAUCCUUUACAUUUUUAGCUUCGAACCUUUUACGCUUCAUAGAAAAUUCUCAAUUGAAAAUAACUUUUGAGUAUUUGCGUGUACUUCUGCUUCGUGGGCAUUCAAAUGAAGGUUUUGUGUUGUAUUUGUAGAGGGUACUGUAUGUCGUGCUUUAGAACAAACUCGUGAAUAGUCUCCGUAGCUAGGUAUAUAGUUUUGUACCUUUGUAUUGUGUAUAAAAAAACCUGGUUUUUAACCUUCAAGGGUUUUUUUUCCAAAACCAGCGUACGAAACAAAUUAGUCGGCUAAGACCACGCCCCAUCACACUCUAAAAUUGCGAUUAUAAUCCUUAAUUUGUAAGGCAAAUCAACUUGAAUGAGUAGUCGACAAUUGUUGUUCGACUCUGUGAUAAAUCUUGGAUAUAUCUCCCUCUUGUGAAGUUGUAGUUAAAUAUUUUUUGCUCCUCCAUUCAGUCAGAAAUGCUAUGCAUUCUAGCCAACUCUCAAUAUUCGUAUAAUUUGUUUUAAAUCUGCAUUCACAUUUGUUAGUGUAUUUUAAUUAUCAUACAUAAAUGUCACUAUUUCAAUGAUUGGUUAAAAUUACGGAGGAUUUUACAGCUGGCACUGUGUUCGUUACCUCAUUCCUACAGAAAAAUGAUUUUAUACGUGUACUAGUGACGUCAUACCCACAGACGUAAGCUUUAAAGCAUGUUUUUUGAAAACAAAUUCUCGAUCGCUUCCUGGCGAGAAUUUUUUAAGGCAGUGUAGUAGGACACUUUCAUGUUAGUUUCGUAGUUGUUUACUAGAUAGACACUAGUUAAACCUUACAGGUUUCGAAGAAGAUUAGUUACAUGUGUUCAAGGCUACAGCACAACCAAGUAUUGGGAGUGUGGGUGGAUCUGCUACCCCAAAAUUAUCGAAACAAUCUCUUAAGUGGCAUAGAAGCCGCUCACAUUUUGCAAGUCUCCUUUGCAAAUGAUUUUUUUCUUUUCAAGUAAGUUACCAUUGAAGUUAAGGAAGGGGGGGAGGGGAAGGGCUAGGCGUUGUAGUUACUUUUUCGCAACCGUCUUUCUCCGCCUUUUUAUUUUCUUGUACGAUUAAUCAAGAGCUUACCAGUUCCGUAUACUUUGUUCCGAAUCAUUCGUUGAAGUGUUAGUUUGCUCCAGUGUGUACGAGCAUAGAAGCAACGGCAUCGUUGCGAAAGAGACUUAAGUGCAUUCAAAACUGAUGUUGUUGUGAUUUAGAUUAAGUCGUGUUGGAUGAGCUGUUUUAGGCAUAGUCAAACGCAUUCUCAUCAAAUUUUUCUUAGAUUAAAAGGUUUUUAACUUGAAGGUGUAUUCAAUCAGGGGUUUCAUGAAAAGCCUGUUAUACCAUCGGCUUCCGCUCAUGGAAAACGGUUAUUGAAAGCCCUUUGACUAACGUGCACCUAGAAAGUCAGUAUCUGUGAUUGGAAAGGAAGUGUCUUUUGUCAUCGGAAUUUUUCUGUUUAUUUUACUUUUGGUGGCAAGAGAAAUUUAGAGAUUGAGAACAGUCAAGAUGUUAAACUGGAAGUUAUGUUGUAGACACCUACUAGAAAAAUUCAUAGUUUUAAGUUAAGAUGUUUUUAUCUUAGGCACAGAACAGUUCUUUUUUUUUGUUUGUUUUCAUUCGUAUCCCAAUUUAUCAUUAUCAUACAGUAAUUUUUAUCGCAUUAUUACGAAAUUAAAUGGAAAUUUUAUAAUUAAUCUACGUAACGAAAUAGUGGCGGUUUUAUUGAUUAAGCAAACCACGAAGUUCAAAAGCAAAUCGAUCGCGUUGUAAGUGAUUGCUAUCAGUCGAAUUUAACAUACUAAGCGACAUAAUUGGUUUUCAUUCCUAGAGUUUCACGCGGCGCGUGAGCAUAAUUUUUUUCGCUAAAUUUUAUUCACUAGCGCGAGGAACUUCGCCAAAAGGAGAAACUGCUCAUGCACUAGUUUAUGUUUCAUGGAACAUAAAUCAAUUUCUAAAACAAAGGAAUAAGUUAACAAGCAUUUGAACUUCGUGGUUCUCAUAAUUUUAUAAACGGCCUGAAAAUUUCUAUCGUUAAAAAUAAUUCAUCAAUUAAUUGUGGAAGCACCCACUGCUGGACCCAGUACCUGCCCGCAUCUAUUUUGAGCGAGGGGCCUGAGUUAGCUAUGGUGUAGGAUUUUAUAAAACUGGCUCAAGUCGAUGUAUCAAAAUUCCACUUUGGUUCAACAUACGUUCAUUGCUUUUUCCAAGGGGAAUUUUUAUGCAUUCAGAUGGGUCCGUAUAAGUGAAUAUUAUGUUGAUGCACUAGAUAUAUGGUAAAUUUUGUACGCGUUCUUAGAAAUCGAGUGAAAAGGAAAUUGAAAGUCAGAUACUAUUUGUAAAUAAUUUGCAUCAGAAAGGUCAAUUAUGAAUUAAGUAACAUAGAAUUGUACAGAACGAAUUUUAAAAAUAAAUUAUGAUUCAUAAAAUUUUAACAAGA